GACGUAUUUCCUUACCUCUUAACUCUUGCACCACUCGUUGAUUUUAAGAGGACAAACACAGUGGAUUAUGUUAUAAAAGGACUAGAGAGCCACGUUUCACUGUUAUGUUACUAGGCCAGAUCUGGAUUAGAGCUUUAGACUUUUAGUACGUUUAUCAGUAAUUAUUUUACAAGAUCUACAGCACUCUAGCACAAUAUGGAGCGUUCGGAGAGUGUAGAUAAUUGCCCAGUUUGUCAUGACGUUUUUGAAUUAUUCGGUGUGGGUCCAUGCGAUCACCCGGUUUGUUAUCGCUGUUCAACACGAAUGAGAGUUUUGUGUGAUCAAAUGGAUUGUCCAAUAUGCAGAAGCCCAAUGCCGCAGGUUGCAUUUGUGUACAACAAAGUUUUAUUCAAAGAUAUAAAUCUUAGAAACUGCAUACCUAAUAGAAAAUUUAAAAUAUUCUUUGAAGAUGAAAAGGUUGAAGGAAAAUAUUUGGAAUUGUUGGAAAUUCGUUGUAAAAUUUGUAGGAAGAGAGACCCAGAUAAAACAUUUAAUCAAUUACAAACACAUAUGCGAAGAGAGCAUGAAUUAUUUGCCUGUGAUCUUUGUGUUACACACUUAAAGAUAUUCCCAUAUCAGCGCAAGUUUUACACCAGGCAAACACUUGCAAUUCAUAGGCGUGUUGGAGAUGAAGAUGAUAAGUCCUAUAAAGGUCACCCACUGUGUGAGUUCUGUGAUACUCGUUAUAAUGAUAAGGAUGAGUUGUGGAAACACUUACGAAAAGAUCAUUUCUUUUGUCACUUCUGUGAUCAACGAGGUUCUAAUGAAUUUUAUGAUCAGUAUCCAGAUUUAGUGAAGCAUUUCUCUGAAUCUCACUUCCUGUGUAGCGAAGAUGAAUGUGCUAGCUCAUCAACACGUUUUACUCAUGCCUUUGCUUCAGAAAUAGAUUUAAAAGCUCACAAGGCAUCAGUACACAGUAAAAAUAUGUCUAAAGCACAAUCACGUGAAACAAGAACUUUAGAAUUAGAAUUUCAAUUGCCACCCCGGAGACAAGGCAAUAGUAGAGGAGGAAGUGAUUAUGACAGUGGCAGAAGUAAUCAGAGAAGUAAUAGGAGAAGAGACUUUGACUAUGAAGAUGACCUCUACCGAGCUUUAGAAGCUUCUAAAGAUGGCAGUACUGCUCCAGCUAAGCCUAUUGUAGAGGAACGUGUGCCAGACUCUGUUCAUGAUUUCCCUACACUGAAUGGCUCAACUGUGCCAAUACCAUCAACCUCUCUUAAUUAUUAUUCCAAUCAAAAACCUAAAACUCUGGAGGAAGAGUUUCCAACUUUAUCAAGUCAAGCUGCAGGCAAAAAAACACCUGUCCCAAUCAAACAGUAUUCAUCAGUGAUGAACCCACCUCUUGAAAAUAAGCCUCUCCCUCCUCCUGUCAAAGCUGAAUCUAAACCUGUUUCAUUAGGCUCUGUGAGUAAAACAUUUAGGUCUCAGAUGGCCCCAAAGAUUACAGAAGAUGAGUAUCCAGCAUUGGGCAACAGUCAGUCCUUGUCUAAUACUUUGCAGUCUACUACAGCAGGUUGGAUAAAGAAAAGUGCAGCAGAGACAAAAACCAAGGCUCCCAGUUUGUCCUCUCCUAGUCCUACGGCCAGGUUGACAGCACCAACAAGUAAGACAAUAAGAGAUGACAAUGAGUUCCCUACAUUAGAAACUGGAGCAACUAGGAAACAUUAUCACCUGUUUGCUCAACCAAUUAAAAAUAAAUCAAAAGCAGAAAGUACUGAGAAAACUUUCAAAUCUGAUAAAGCUGACGAUGAAUCAUUUGAAUUACCAGACAGCUACUAUUCUUCAUAUAGUAGUUUGAAGCAGACACCUGUUGAAAAUGAAAAUAAAAAAGACAGUAACUUGAUUGCGCAGGUGUCACCGCCACCCACAUUAAAUGAUUUCCCUGGUUUACCAGCACGAAGUUUGAAAGGGAAUAACUCUGGCAACGAGGCAAAGAAAAAAAAGAAAGGUAAAAAAGAAAAUAAAUUGCCUGCCAAAACAUCCUCUAAUUCAGCCCAAGAAACAAAUGCUUCGUUGAAUGAUAUUGCCUUGGCUUUUGUCUCUAAAACAAGUGGGAACAAAGCACCUAAACCUACUGAUUGGUUUGAUAAUCCUCCCAUUGUGGUAGAGAGCUCAACUCCAAAAGCUGAUCCUUUAAUUGAAAACAAAUCUAAGAACAUUGCAAAUGAUUCAGCUAAUUCUAGAGAGAAAACAUUUAAAUCUCACAUGGAGUCAUCGCCAAACUCUAAAAUUAUUUCUGGUUUUGCUGAACCUUCUGCAUCUUUUCCCAGUGCUGACAAUGAUAAUUUCCCAUCUCUGCAUACAAUGUCUACAUCAGUUCAGCCUCCUAAACCUCCCCCAGGUUUUUCUGGUGCCCAGACACAUAUCAGUAAAGUCAGCAGCAAUACUUUGUCUGCACCACCAGGUUUCAAACCUGCUCCUUGCCCUCCUCCAGGAUUUGGUGUUAGCUAUACUUACAUUCAACCCUCGGGGUUUAAAGAACGCAAUCUAAAACUUAUUCAAGAUAUUCAGCAAGCAUUAUCUGGCAUCACUGAUGCCUUUGCUAAUUUUAAAGCACUCUCUGGCCAGUUUAGACAAGGAGUUAUGGAAGCAAGUGAUUAUUACUUGAGCUGCCUAGCUCUCAUGGGUGAUAAGAAUUUUGAAUUUAUUUUUCCAGAGCUAUUGGCUCUUCUACCUGAUAUCACUAAACAGCAGGAAUUAUGGGAUGUGCACUGUGCUGCACUUGGUAAAGCAUCCAAAGUUAAUAGUGUUAAGCCCAGUGAGGAGUUGAAGAAUGCUCGGUUAUCUCUGUGUCAAGUCUGUGGACAAGCUCUACUGAAUAAAGAUUCAUUAGAGCAUCAUCGGCAACAUAAUAAUUUCUCUGAUUUCCCGACUCUAGGUGCCAGCAUGUCCAAUCUUAAUAAAGUUUUAUGCAAAUAAAAUCUGUAGCUUGACAGAAUGAGUUUCACCAUACAUGUUGAUGCUAAUCAACUGACUUGGUUGUGUUAUCUUUGCUAGAACUUGGCUGUGCUAUCAGUUACACUACUAAAUGCUAAAGAAAAUGUAUCUUUUUUUUUGUCUUGUUGUUUUCUCUUGUUUGCUGUGAAAGUUCAAUCCAUUGGCUACAGAUAUUUGUGUUAAAAGUUGUUUUCUUAUUUAUUUUUUUUUUACAAUUUUACAUUCAGAUUUGAUAACACUUGAUGUUUCUUGAUUAGUUUUUCUUGCUGUCAUUUCAAUGAUUCCACUUCAAAAAAUGUUUCUAAACUUUUUUGAAUUCAUGAUUUUAAAGCAUUAAAUUUUGUGAGUAAAAGAAUUCUUAGCAAAACAAAUAUUUUCAAUGGUUGAUUAAAUAUUUUAAUAAUGAUAUUGGCAUUUGAAAUAGAAAGAAGAAUUAUAUGUGUUUAGUUCAUUUAGGAUAAUUGCCUAGACCUACCAGUGACUUACAGUCUGUCAAAGGGGAAGAGGUGGCUACUUAAUUAGUUUGCCAGAGUAGGAAUAAGUGUUUAUAUUUUUAAUCUUUGUUAAACGGAUGUUUUUUUGUUGUUUUUUUGAUCAUGCAAAUAUGUAAAUAGUCUCUUGACAUUUCUUUACUUAACAGAAUUAUUUCUAUCAAUUGAUUAUGAAUAUAUUUUGACAAUUUUAAAAUUAUUUUUAUUUAAUGAAUCAUAUUUUGGCUUCAAUUGCCAUUUGUUUCUAAGUAGGUCAAAGUGUAGAGCUUAUAAUAUAAUUAUAAUCAUCAGAACUGUUGCUUUCAAUACCUCUGUUGUGUCCUUAGUCCAUGGUAGUUGAGAAAUAAUAGAAACUGUUUGAAUUCAAGUAUUUACAUUUGUACUUGGGAGAUCCUGCUGCAAUAUUUUAACUUUUAGGCCCUGGGAUACAAGUACCCAUAAUUCAAUAGUUUCCUGUAGUUCAGUGAGGGAAUAAUUUUAUUUAAAUGGUUGGUUGAAUUAACUGCUGUUUAAAGAAAUAUCAUUUAUAACAAAUGUACUAAAGAUUUCAUGUACAACUUGUUACUGUCUGAAAGUUCGUUUUUUUUAUUCUGUAUUAACUUUAACUUUUAGACUUGAUGUCAUGGGGGCAAAGUGAGUUUGGAAAAGUAAAACAUUCAUCCGGUGAAACUUUUUCUCACUGGCAUACUCUGGUUUGAUAGUCAAAGACCAACUAGUAACACAAAUUGUGUUGAAUAUUAUAUAAAGUGGGUUGCUUUGUUCAAAACGUGUGUCAAUCAAGAUUGUUUUAAAUUUAAAUAUCUAUCUAGAUGUUUCAUUUGGCUCUAGAUUUCCAUUUGACAGUUACUGUUAAUCAGUUCUAAUAAACAUAAUCAAAUGUU